UUCAGCCUGAUGCCUCUCUUCAGCCUGAUGCCUCUCUUCAGCCUGAAGCCUCUACUCAGCCUGAAGCCUCUACUCAGCCUGAAGCCUCUACUCAGCGUGAAGCCCGCUGUCGAGCCAGACGAUCCAAUGCUGGUGACCCGGUGCCCACUGCCUUGUCAGAUGACGCGGUGCCCCUGGCAAGCCAAAUGACCUGAUGCCUGGUGACCCAGUGCCCGCUGUCAUACCUGACAAUCCGAUACCAGAUGACCCAGUGCCCACUGUCGUGCCUGUUGACUCGGAGCCCACUGUCUUGCCAGACGACUCGGUGCCCGCUGUUCCGCCAGUUGACGGAGCCACGGUGCCCGCAGUCUUGCCAGACGACUCGGUGCCCGCAGUCUUGCCAGACGACUCGGUGCCCGCAGUCUUGCCAGACGACUCGGUGCCCGCAGUCUUGCCAGACGACUCGAUGCCCCGCAGUCUUGCCAGACGACUCGGUGCCCGCAGUCUUGCCAGACGACUCGGUGCCCGC